AUGUGUUUUUCGGUGCUUUAUAGUAACCGUAAAGUGCCUGACUUACUGUUUGCAGAUGUCCCAUUGUCAGUGGGGCUAGUGGAGCCCCAUUCACACCCUCUGCAUCUCAACACCAUCGAGUUCCUCUGGGAUCCUGUCAAGAACGCUUCUGUUUUCAUCCAGGUCAACUGCAUCAGCACCGAGUUCACCCCCAGGAAGCACGGCGGGGAGAAAGGAGUGCCCUUCCGUAUCCAGGUGGACACAUUCACCACCAAUGAGCACGGGGAAUACAUGGAACAUGUCCAUUCAUCCAGCUGCCAGGUCAAAGUCUUCAAGCCUAAAGGAGCUGAUCGCAAACUGAAGACGGACAGGGAGAAGAUUGCUAAAAAGGCCCCGCAGGACCGAGAGAGGUACCAGCCGUCCCAGGACAACACGCUGCUGAGAGAGUGUUCCCCUUGGCCCGAUGCCCUGACUGUCACCAGCCACAGCAGCAGCAGCAGCAGCACUCCAUCACCAGUUUACCACGGCUCAACUUCCUGUUCUUUCCCCGAUGGUAAUUCUUCUCCAAACCAGCAUGGGGAGCUGCUAUUGCCCGGCUGCUCUGAGCACCUUCUGCCGUCGACCCCGCCGCAGGAUGCCCAGCAGUGGCUGCACCGACACAGGUUCUCUCCUUUCUCAAGGCUCUUCUGCAGCUUCUCAGGUGCUGAUCUGUUGAGGAUGAGCAGGGAGGAUCUGAUCCAGAUCUGCGGUCCAGCUGAUGGUAUUCGCCUCUUCAACACAAUGAAAGGAAGGUGUAUACAGCCCCGUCUCACCAUCUAUGUGUGUCAGCAGCAGGCCAGGCAUCAACCCACCACCAAGCCAGGGGCGGGAGACAUCUACCACGCUCUGUACCUGGAGGAGCUGACACUGUUGGACCUCUCCGAAAAGAUCGCUUCGCUGUACAGCAUCCCUCCACAGCAAAUAACGCACAUCUACAGACAGAAGCCCAUCGGGAUCCACAUCUUAGUCUCUGACGAGAUGGUGCAGAACUUCAGGGAUGAAACAAGCUUCAUCCUCAGCAUCAUAAGAGAUGAAAACACUAAUGGCUUCCACGUCGUGUUGAAGUGACCGACAGGUACUCCGGAGCCUCGAGGUUUUUUCUCUGACAAUCAGUGGAAUUGUACAGCUUGUAUAUAAUUCCUUCAAGACUGCGGUGCUUUUAUAAACACUGUUAACCUUUAGGUUCACUGUUGAUUUUGUUGCAUUGUUCCUGUGUUAUAGUUUUGUUUUAUUCCUGUUGUUAAGUUAGUUUUUCAUGCUUGAAAUGUCUAGUGCAGUUUUCAGAGGGAACCCCUGCUGUAUUACUCCUUCACAUGGUCAUACAUUUUUGGUCAACACCUAAAAAUGCAACGUGAGGGACUUUCAUGAUAAAUAAAGCAGAGUAAAUGUUUCACACCAUCACGCCGACAAAUAGAAAAGACAAAUGAACAAACUGUACCAUGCUGUUUGGAUGUAAUGCGAUGUCCCUGCUCUAUGCUCAUGAAUUAUGUCCCGCAUAAUGCUGUCAUGUUCCUGUUAGCCGUUCUGCUCUACGACCUAUUUUCUUGAAAAUUCUAAUGUGAAAUUUAAUACAAGUGAGGUGGGAAUGCACAUAGACCUCUGGAUGUUUAAAUUCAGACCCUGUGUUGCAGUUUGGAAGGAUGCUUUGGACUGCCAUGGCUCUAUGAUU